AUGAAUGAAACAUCAAAACAGCGUCAAUGGAUUGACAAUAAUACAACAAAUAUACAAGGAUGGAAUGUAGAAGUAAUUGGUAAUUAUGAAGAAUCGUUAUAUAUACCACAUAUUAUUGAUAUUAAAGAAGGAAUGAAUGAAGAAGAAAAAUUAAAAACUGAACAACAAAAUAUAAAAGAAUUAAUAAAAGGUGUUGAGUCAUUGAUUCAAUACACAAGCCAACAGAUAAUAGACCAAAGUAAUACUGAAACAUUUAAUAAUGAAAUAAAGAACUUAAUUAAUAAAUUUAAUUCAAUAAUAAGACAUCAAUUCAAUCAAAUUAAUGAAUGUCAAAUAGAAUUAGUUCAAAAAAGAAUUCAAAAUAAUAUCAUGAUAAUGAAAACCAAAAUCGAAGAUGAAAUAAAAAAGUACUCUGAUGCAAUUUCUUCAGUAGAAAAAUUAGUAAAAAUAUCUACAGUUGAACCAACAAUGAAUGUUGUUGAACAAUUUAAUAAUACUUAUAUUUUAUGGAAGCCAAUGACAGAAAAAAUUGCAUUUAGUUAUACCGAAAGAUAUGGUGUCUUAGAUGAGUCACAAAAAGCAUUGUCUUGUGCAUUAGAUAAUUGGGAAAAAGAAAUUUCUUUGAGAGGAUAUCUUAUUCAAGCAGUUCAUACAGGUUCAGAAAAAAGAAUUACUGGUAUUUUUGAAGGUCAUGAAGAACAAAUACUUCAUUUAAAAUUUGAUAUUGGAUUAUUAUUAAGACUAAUUUUAUGUUUAUCUAAAUCACUUUCAUAUGAUGGAGAUAAAAGAAUAAAUAUUAUUAUUAAAUGUCUUAAUAAAAUAAUUCUAGAUAAAAAUGAAAUUGAUAGCGUUGCAUUACAAGUAUUUAAUUCAGUAAAACUUGAAAUAAAACAAAAUAUUGAAAAGUCUCAACUUCAAAAUACUGAAACAACUUUACAACUAUUAAACUCCCUUGAAGAAUUAAUAUCUUCAAUGCAUAUAAAAGAAAUACCAAAACAUAUUGAUGGGUUUUGGGUUGAAGUUGAUCAUAUUCCGUUUAAUGCACAAAUAGAUGUUGUAAUUGGAUUAUUUAAAAAAAUUGGAGUGAUAAUGAAUGAUGUGAAAAUAAUUAAUGGAAAAUGUAGAAUUCAAUAUAAAAACCUUAAUGAUGCAUUAAACGCAUGUAAAUUAGAUAACAGAGCAAUUAAAAAUACAACAUCUAUUUUAUCUGUACGUCUUUUACAAUAA